UUUUCAUUCAUUAUUGAUCCAUCCAUCGAUCGAUCGGAUAGAUCGGUCGGGACUCUACGCUUGUUUUAUCUUCCCUAGGGAAGUACAAUUCUCGUCGAUAUCCGCUUGCGCAACAGGAGCUGUUACACCCUCCGCCUUCUGCCUUUUUCGAGUUGGACGCACCUGCGUCUCCGCAGUCAUGACGGCCGGUCUUAAGACGAUCAUUGCUCUCUCCUUUGUCCUCGCCAUUGGAUUCCUCCUUGUUAUUCUCUCGUCGGCUCUCUGGCCCAGCUUCCUGCCGCUGACCGUCGUUGCAACUUACGUUAUUGCGCCUCUCCCCAACUGGAUUUGUUCACGAUGUGCAAACCCAGAUGAUUUUAUGGAUAGCUCUGGUAGCGCUGUCGCAGACUUUGGCCGUUUCAUUACCGGUUUCCUGGUUCUUAUGGGUAUUGCCCUUCCGGCCGUUCUUGCGCACAGUGGUGAGAUUGAAAUUCCCGCCAUGAUCAUGUCUAUCCUGGGUGGUCUUUUGAUCUACGGAACGAUCAUCAGUUUCUCAAUGUUUUUCCGUGAGCAGGAGGAAUUUUAAAGGGUUGGGUCGGUUGAAUGCAGGGAGGGUAAGGUUAGUUACUGGGUACUUUCAUCGCUACCCUAUAGUAACCCCUAUAACAACCGGUGACCUUUGGUCUAUAAUACGGAUCAUUUUUCCCAUUUUAUUUUUCAAUUUUUCAUGAAUAUUUUUUUUGUCUUUGACGUAUGCAAAGAGCACUUGAUGUCGACUUUACAUGAAAUUCCGUCAUUGAUUCUACAGUCCGUUCUUAGGUGAUAUGAUUCAUUGAUGUACUAUAGC